GAACAGCAGGAUGUCUGAAGAGUAAAAUGGUAAGGUUCAUGCAAACCCUUUAUUGUACUGCUGCUUGAACACUCAACAGAGCAAUUUUGGGCAUGAGCUCUGUUGGCACACGUUCAAACAUGCGACAGCUGUAUGGAUGCUUUGAUUCUUGAAGGCUUGAACUGCACUGCCUAGGUGAGCCUAGGAACUCCUAUAUCCGAUUCAGGCACGUUCUGGAAAUUGCUAUAGCCCAUGCUGCCCGAGCUUCGCCUGCUGAUGCUGAAUUUCUCUUCGACUCUUGCUGAGAUUUUGUAUUAAUGUUGAUGUAACUUUGUUAUCUCUUAUUAACUGCGGUUGCACAAAACAGUUGUAGUUUGGUGUGCGGAUCUCGUUCUGACGACAGUAUUAUGUUUUUCUUCCAACGAUCACUGAUUAUCCUCGCCUGAAAAAUCAAGGUCGUGCUAAUCCGCUUUUAGAUGGAAAGUGAACAAGGAAACUAGAUUCAUCUGCGGGGUCGCCCCGUCGCCAUCGUCUUGCUGAACAGGGAAAUGAGAAAUGACAUCGGCAUUGCCGCCCUUAAAUUUUACGUCAUCGCUUAAGUAGUCUGACGAACAGAUGAACACUAGAAUUCCAAUUUUGUUUUUAGAUUUAUCCUGCAAGUCUGAUGACAGGUUUACGUGACGCCAUUGCAUUAUUUUGUUUAGAGGAAAGCGAUCAGCUUUCGACAUCAGCGACUGUAAGCUGCUGAGGUCUACCUUAUCUUACCUCUCCAGACGAGACGAUCUACAAGGGACGUCCUCUUUUUUUUUUUAAGCCCUGUUUCUAGUUUCAAAAAAAAAAUCUUUGUUUCUGCUACAAUAGGAGAGUGGAGCCUGUGAUUGUUGCGACCUCCCAGGCAUUUGACUUCCUCUCUUCCCCUCUCACUUUUUUUUUUUUUUUGAAAGAACUCUCUCCCCCUCAAACUCCACGGAGCAGCAAAGCAGCAGGGAGGAUAAGCUUGGAAUGCCCUGGUAGCGCGAGGGUGCAGCGGGAGCCGGCGUCCAUGGUGGAGAGGGAGAGAGGCGAGGGAGAAGCCAUUGCCCUGACCACCGGUGGCGGCGGCGGUGGCGGACAGCUGCAGCAGGACGGCGCGGUCCCUGGCGCGGCGGAGGGCGAGAGGGACGGCGAGGAGGGAGACGCGGAGGACGGCGAACGGGAGGAGGAGGAAGGCCGGGACGACGUGGACGGGUGGUCGGAGAUAAGGCUGGCCAUCGAGGAGCUGUCCCCGGCGCGGCUUAUCAAGCACCGCGGCGGCGGCGAUGGCGAUGGCGAUGGCGAUGGCGACACGCCGGCCGCGCCGCCUCCGCCCACGCUGCCCUUCCUGGCGUUGUCGCACCUCCUCCUCCGCGUGCUCGAUAAGAUCGGCCCGACCAUGGCCGUGCUGCGGCUCGACGUCCAACGGAACAUCGAGAGGCUGCAGGAGCUGUACUUGAUGGACCCAGCCAAGUACUCCACGCUAACGGAGAUAGUGGAGAAGGAGGUCAAGGAGGGCACUGCAAGGAAGGUCGAUAGCUGUGCAAGGGCUGUCCUGUGGCUUGCUAGAUCCAUGGAUUUCACAAUUGCGCUGUUACAGAAAUUAGAGGAGGACACUGACGAGCAGAGUCUUGCACAGCUUGUCGAAGCUGCGUACGAGGUCAGCUUAAAGCCAUGGCACGGCUGGAUCUCCUCGGCGGCAUGCAAGAUAGCACUGAAGCUUAUCCCUGAGAGGAAGAUCUUCAGCAGCUUGCUCCUAGGGAUGGGUCAAGACUGCUCCGCUCUGAAGGAUGAGAUCGAGAAGCUCGCAUUGCUGCUCCGGCCCCUCCUUGAUGACAUCCACUCCAUGAUGGCCAAGUUCAGACUGGACAGGCUCAAGUCGACAUGAUCCAUGGCACUGGCCGGCAAGGCCCAAUGUCCCAAGCUAUCAGUUGCCGCUCUGUGAAUAUUGCCCUGAUUGUAUUUCCCAGUCCUGUAAAGGUUCCAUGUCCGUUUUGCCAGCAGCUGUUCUAGUUAGAUCCUGGUCUGAUCUGCAACCAGUACAUAGGUCUUUGCUUGUAGAGUAGACUGUAAGACAUGCAUGCAGUGUCUUCUUUGUGCAAAUUAUGUCCUGAUUCCUUGUUUCCUAGCUCCAGAGUCAGGAUGAUCCGAACGUGAGGAAAGACUGUAAACACGUGGGCCCUUAAUGCCACGCGCGACAUGAUAAGUCGAGAAAAAAGUUCAUUCUACUA